AUGGAGCUCGGGGGAGCCGUGACCAUAUUCCUGGCUCUCUGCCUCUCCUGCCUGCUUCUCCUUUCGGCGUGGAAGAAAAUGCACAAGGGAGGGAAGCUGCCCCCGGGGCCGACCCCUCUGCCCUUCCUCGGCAACCUGCUGCAGCUGAAGACCGAGACUUUCAAGUCGUUCAUGGCGCUGCGGGAGAAGUACGGCCCGGUGUUCACGGUGUACCUGGGCCCGCGGCGGGUGGUGGUGCUGUGCGGGCACGAGGCCGUGAAGGAGGCCCUGGUGGAUCACGCGGAGGAGUUCAGCGGCCGAGGGGAGCUGGCGUCCAUCGACCGGAAUUUCAAGGGCUUCGGGGUGGCUUUGGCCAACGGGGAGCGGUGGCGGCAGCUGCGCCGGUUCUCCCUCACGGCGCUGCGGAACUUCGGCAUGGGCAAGCGAUCCAUCGAGGAGCGGAUCCAGGAGGAGGCGCAGUUCCUGCUGGAGGAGUUCAGGAAAACCAGAGGUUUGCCCUUUGACCCGAUCUUCUUCCUGAGCCGCACGGUCUCCAACGUCAUCAGCGCCGUGGUCUUCGGGAGCCGCUUCGACUACGAGGACGAGACGUUCCUGUCCCUGCUGCGCAUGAUCAAUGAAAGCUUCGUAGAGAUGACAUCUGCCCCCCUGCAGCUCUACGACAUGUACUCCUGCGUCAUGCAGUACCUGCCCGGGCGCCAUCACCGCAUCUACCACCUCAUCGAGGACCUCAAGGCCUUCAUCGCCGAGCGGGUGAAGAUCAACCAGGCCUCGCUCGACCCCAACGCCCCGCGGGAUUUCAUUGACUGCUUCCUCAUCCAGAUGGAAAAGGAAAAGAAAAACCCCGACAGUGAGUUCAACACCAAGAACUUGGUGCUCACCACGCUCAACUUGUUCUUCGCCGGCACGGAGACCGUCAGCUCCACCCUGAGAUACGGGUUCCUCUUCCUCAUGAAGUACCCGGAAGUCGAAGAAAAGGUGCACCAGGAAAUCGACCACGUCAUCGGCCGCAACCGCGUCCCCGCCAGCGAGGACCGGAUGAAGAUGCCCUACACCGACGCGGUGAUCCACGAGAUCCAGAGGGUGACGGAUAUCGUGCCCAUGGGGGUGCCGCACACGGUGAUCCGGGACACCCAGUUCCGGGGGUUCACCCUCCCCAAGGGCACCAACGUGUUCCCCUUACUGGGCUCUGUCCUACGGGAUGCGAAAUACUUCAGCCACCCAGAAGAAUUCAACCCGGGGCACUUCCUGGACGAGUCCGGCCGCUUUAAGAAGAACGACGCCUUCGUGCCGUUCUCCUCAGGGAAGCGGGUCUGUCUGGGCGAGGCUCUGGCCCGCAUGGAGCUCUUCCUGUACUUCACCACCACCCUGCAGAGCUUCUCGCUGAAACCCCUCCUGCCCCCCACGGCCAUCGACACCAGCCCGAAAGUGAGUGGGUUCGGGAACGUGCCCCCCACGUACGAGAUGUGCCUGGUCCCUCGCUGA